CUGGCUGUGGCAGAAGCAGGAAAAUCGCAAUAAUAAGAUACCAACUAUAUAUAACGUAAUAACUGCCACAGCCGCAUGAAAGAGAAGCGCCUUGAAAGCAUUCUCAAUCCAAAUAUGCGUUGAUGUAAUGUUUACUCGAGAUACCGUGCAGCAGCGCCAUUGGGCCACACGAGGUUGACCCAUGUAUAGACAAAACUUUAUAUUAUCGUGUACUGUAGAGUUCGUAUUUGUCAAACAAUACAAUGCCGCGAUCAAUCAUUCUUGGCAACAAAACUCAGAACAGUCUAUUGGAAUUGAGUUCUGCCGAAGAUCUCGAUGGCUUUGCUAAGGCUACGAGAAACUUGCUCCUUUCACAGUUCGAAAAAAUAUUAAAGCAAUUGUGCUAUAUUCUGAAUCCUUUAUCUGGUGAACUUGAAUUUUUGUCAUGUGAUGGAGCUCAUAGGCAUUCCUUUCCCAAGAGUAAACUUAAAGAUGACUAUUGGUCAAGUCCUGGCUUGGACAUAAUGGAUCCUCUGUUAGAUAUCAUCCCCGAAGCUGGGAAACCUAUAAAAGAUGGCCGGCAAUUAUAUUAUUGGCCUGUGAAGAGAGAUGACGAGAGAAUCGUUUUAUUGCUUGUGAUGGUGACGUCUGCAAAGUUCAUCGAAGAUGAAAAAGAACAACUCGAGUUCUUUGCUAAACAGAUCAGCAUUAGCUAUGAAAAUGUUCUUCGACGACUACGCGGUGGUUUUAAGAAACAGAAACAUUUUGAACUCUUAGGUGAUAUGUACGAAAAGAGCUUUGCGUUGCUAUCUGAAAGAAUAGUUCAAUACCUUCAAGAGGUUACUGAAGCAUCCUCUGGUCUUAUCUUAGCCGUCGAUCAUACUUCAGACGAACUCUAUCAUAAGAUGAAAAACGCUAAUGGAUGUUCAAUUGAAAAUCGUUUCGAGUUGGCGGGGACUAUUUUCGAAGACGUUGUGAAGAAUGGAUCCAAAAUCAACCUAUCAAAUUUAACAUCUGAUUUUCCUUGUCAGAAACGACUUUCAACGUUAACAGAUGUUCCUGUGACCUCACUGAUAUGUGUGCCUGUAUUGCACAGUCAGAGCAAAAAUAUAUUCUGCGUUGUUUGUCUCUUUAACGAACGUUCAUCGGGAAGGUUCUCUCCAUCAAAAGAAGCAACUGUGAAUUCAACAUGUGAAUAUUUUUAUGCUCAACUUUUCAAUGCCCUAGAAUGGGAGAAAGAACUCGUUUAUCGUCGUCAACAAGAGCAUCUGUUAAACGUGGCAAAGAAUUUAUUCAUUCAUUUGGAUAAUGUCUCUGUUCUUCUCAAUGAAAUCCUGCAGGGAGCAAAGAAACUCACGCAAGCUGAAAUAUGUUCGCUGUUUCUUGUUGACAAGGAAAGACAAGAACUGGUUUCCAAAGUUUUUUUCAAUCAUAAAGCGAAUGAUGGCGGAGACGAGACAAAAGAAGUAAGAGUUGCAUUUGGGCAAGGUAUAGCUGGACACGUCGCACAAACCGGUGUAAUGCUGAAUAUUAAAGACGCAUAUUCUCAUCCAAAGUUUUGUAAAGAUAUCGACAGGAAAACCGGCUUCAAGACAAGGAACAUCCUCUGCUUUCCAAUCAGAGAUGAGAAAGAGGUUAUUGGUGUUGGGGAACUGAUCAAUAAGAUUAACGGCCCUGCUUUCAAUCGACUCGAUGAGGACUUGACGAAAGCGUUUGCGAUCUUCUGUGGUAUUAGUAUUUGCCAUAGUUUGCUGUACAAAAAAGUGACGGACGCUCAAAAUCGAGACAAGAUUACGAACGAGUUGAUGAUUUAUCACAUGAAGGUUGCGCAGAAAGACGUUCAGCAUUACACCUCUCAAACGAUUCUUCUCCCCAAUGAAGUAAACAAAGAAUUUGCAUAUUUGUUCUUCAGACCUCGUUUGGAACCAAAUCUUGACUAUGUACAGGCAUGUUUUUGUAUGUUUCAAGAUCUGGAUCUUAUACGAAAAUGGAAAAUAUCGCACGAAACACUAGUAAGAUUUGUUCUUAUGGUGAAGAAAGGCUAUCGAGAUCUACCGUAUCAUAACUGGACCCAUGCGUUUACAGUCAGUCAUUUUUGUUAUCUUUUAUUGAAGUAUCUCAAAAAGAUCGAUUGCUUUAGUGACUUGGAGAUUCUCUCUCUCUUCGUUUCAUGUCUGUGUCAUGAUCUUGAUCAUCGUGGAACUAACAACGCUUUUCAAGUGUCAUCUAACUCAGUUCUCGCUGCUUUGUACAGUUCAGAAGGAUCGGUAAUGGAGAGACAUCAUUUUGCACAGACAUGCUGUGUUCUUAACACGGAAGGAUGUAAUAUUUUCGAAAAUUUAACUGAAAAAGAAUACCACGAAGUCUUAAACUUGACGAGAAAAAUCAUCCUGGCGACAGAUCUGUCACACCAUUUUAAAAUUCUGAAGGAUUUGAAAAAGAUCGCGCAAGUCGGUUUUAAUCCUUCGGAUGUCGCUCAAAGAGAACUGUUGCUGUAUCUUAUGAUGACGUCGUGUGAUUUAUCCGAUCAAGUCAAACCUUUUGAUUCAGCCAGCACUGCGGCGGAUCUUGUUUACUCCGAAUAUUUCUCCCAGGGAGAUCUGGAGAAAGCUAUGGGAAAUAAACCAUCGGAGAUGAUGGAUCGAGAUCGGGCUUGUAUUCCAAAGCUGCAAAUUGAUUUCAUCGAUAGCAUUGUUCAUCCCACGUAUCGGUUGCUCGCCGAUAUUUUUCCCGAAAUGACCGUCUUAUGUGCUGUUAUCGACGAAAACAAAGGAAAGUGGAGUGAAAUCGAUUUGAAUGUUGGAAAUCAGAAAUGUUUGGCGACCACUUCCAUAAUGUCAACGUUCACUAAACAAAAUAACCAUAGCCACGAGCAAGUGUCAUACGCUAUCAACAACGGAAUCUAAUUUAGAAUAGCGUGUUUUAUUGUAAAUAAAGUAGUUAACUGAUUCUCAAACUAUAUGUGCAUAGUUUCUUAAUUUAUAUUUAUGUCAAAGCUAUUUUGCCAUGUGAAAAAUGGUUGUAUAUAGUUGUAUACCUAUACAUAAAAAAUGCGACCGCUAUGUUUAAUAUACACAUAAAUUAUUGUUUGGGAAUGAUGUCAUUCUACAUAAAUGUCGCGCCUAAAUUAUAAUUUUUUAAGAAAUUAGAA